CAAGCUAAAAGGAGUCGCAUCGGUGGGCGGCAAGUCAAAUCGCUCCUGCGACGGUCGAACGAAGCGCGUGCCAAGAGCCGGUGAGAAAUAUGUCUCCGAUGGGACUCCCUUCCAGUCUUCUUGUUGUUCUUCUUGGCUUACUGUUGGGACAAUGCAGCGCCCAACUGAAGAGUGGUUGCAAGAUGCAGACGCUGCGCGACUGCGGGUCCGACUAUGUGGUGUACAGCAACAGCACGAGACUGCCGGAGGGUGGAGAGGAGUUCAAGCAAAACUGCGGGUUGUACCUGCAGCAAAUCGAGUGUUCUCAGAAAUUCGGCGAUAGAUGCCUCGAGAAUCUCGCCCGCGUCGUGACCUCGCUGGCGCUGAAGGCCGCUGAAGAGGACUUCGAGGCCGCCUGCACUGAGGGCAACGAACGCAACGACAUGUACAAGGCCAGCAUCAAGUGCAUGAACUCCGUUGGCGCCAAGCUCAACGUAUGCAUCAAGAACCUCUACGAGGGCCUGCAGACAGCUGUGUCCAAUGCGCAGCGAGAAGAAAUCGUCUACUACGCCUGCUGCUCGUACCACAGCACGGUGGACUGCACCGAGGCGGCGUUGGCUGACUGCGACGAGCCCGACUCCCCGGCGAACGAGUACGUCAACAGCGUCAUGGAGAGGGUGUUCGGACAGGUGCUGGGGCUCGUGUGCGGACAAUACUCCCGUGGGUCCACCAGCUGCCGGGAGCAGCCAGCCCUACCCCCUCUGGCGGCCGACGCGCCCAGGACGUCGAGCCUCAUCGAGAUCGCCAUCGAGAUCGCCACAUCGCUCCGCAAGAAGCCGUAGACAUUGGUUUUUUGAUAGUUUAUAGAAAAAAAGACACAGAAACACAUAUCUAACGACAUUGUAAAGUAUUAUCUCGUGUAUGGAAGAGCACCGCCUCGCCAAACCCGUUCCCUGCAACACGUUCGAGGCUUUUUUACAUUCAUUUUUUACCUCGUGUUAAAGGAGAGGUUGGCGCCUUUAGCCAGCCCCGGCUACUCCUCACAUAGCAAACCGAAUGGCAUCACAAAGAGCAUGAACACAUACAAACUUCGGCACACGAGUCCAGAAGGCCACUGAAGAUGUACAAGGACACGCACAAACGCGCAAGAAAUAUGCAAUAUACCAUAAACAGAUAAAAAGUGCUUAUCGUUUUUACAUACAGCUGAAAUCCGUGUCUUUCCGCCUGCGAGUGAGCGUGUGUCUCACACCCUUUCUUUAAUCCCUCACCAUCUUAUCUUUACUGAAAUACCAAGCCUGUCGCUAGGAUAACCUCUCCAGAUAUCAUUAAAGUUUUUCUCUCUCUUCCUCUCCGCCCACGGAGUCGCUUCUGCAGCCUGGCAUUCUGGGAAGCAAAACGCCUGAAAACUCAGAGCCAUGACAUUAUGGUAGAGUCACCCCCCUCUCCGAUCUCUCUCCACAAAACUAAGUUAUUAUAUUGGGGUGAAGAAGAGGUAGCCCGUUUCCGCAUUACACAACUGUAGCGGGGAUGUAGGAAAAGAUGGGUAGGAAGAAUAAGAGAACAGAAAGGCUUUUGUAAAAAAAGAGAACAGAAUGGCAAUGUGUAAUGAGAGUUCCUUUUUUUUCUCACUAUUUUUUAGGUGAGGAAAUGGGAAGUGAUAGCUGUAACGUUAAGAGACAGGAAGUCAUCUUUGUUGAUUAGGGAGUGAGCGGGAGUGCUCCAAGUGUAAUUGGGCAGCUAGUCAUGUAAUUCCCAGAGCAGAUUACCGGUUAUCAAUGCGACAGAAUGGGUGGCGACGGAAGAGAACCGCAGUCGAGGAUGGCACAGAACUACGCGGUGGAAUGAAAUUAUGUAUAUUAGCAGCAAGGUGAUGUCCUUCUGGGUUGCUUCCGCAGCGGAGCCUGGCGAAUCCCACCUCAUGGCUAAGUAAAUGCCAUUUAUAUCAGGCAUUAGUGACAACUACGACAAAAGGGCCCAUGCAUAGCUGCAGAAUCCAGUCACUGCCUUUUGUGGCACUCAUCUUGCCUUCGUCGUCUUUUCUUCACUCUUUCGAUGUCAUAAUUAUGAAGCUUGUUUGUGGCCAUGUCAUUCACUCGCCUGCAAACGAACACGGGCCAUCUGCCUUGGCGUGUCCCAUUGUGAACUGUUCAGCACCAUCGUACAUGCUUUCCCAAAUCAUCUGUCACCGUCACCCAUACACAAAUGCUUGUGUGUAAAAUUUGUCGUUCCUACAUGCUUGUACAGACUACUUUCCGAAUAAACCCAUGACCAACCGA